ACAAUGUUGUGAAUUGAUUAGAAUUAUAAAUUAUAAGCUUAGCUAUAGUUGUCCCCGUGGUUUUAACUGUUUUAAGUGUUUAAGUUUAAACAUAUUAAUAUUUCAUAGCAAUAGCUAAUACAGUAAUACAAAUGUCACAUCAUCUGUGAUUACAUAGGGCUUACAUUUACAAUAUAAUUAAAUUGAAAUUAUGAUUUUUGAAGGCUGUAGUAAUUUUCGUACAAGAAUAAUUUUAUCACUUUUAAGUGGUAAACCAGUUAAAAUACGAAAUAUUCGAUCACAAGAAAAUGAACCUGGAUUAAAAGAGUUUGAAGUAAAUUUCUUACGUUUGGUCGACAAAUUAACUAAUGGUACUAAUUUGGAUGUCAAUGAGACUGGUACUGAUUUGUACUUUCAACCUGGUUUACUUAUUGGUGGUGUAAUAGAUCAUGAAUGUUGUAAAUUACGAGGUAUAGGUUAUUAUUUGGAAUUAAUUGUCAUGAUUGCACCUUAUUGUAAAAAAGGAAUACAAGCUACACUUAAAGGAGUCACUAACAAUCAAAAAGAUCCAUCAGUUGAUGCUUUUAAAGCUGGAGCACUAACAAUUUUACAAAGAAUAUUGUUAUUGGCUACUGAUGCUAGUAUGGAAAUUAAAAAACGUGGUAUGGAACCAGAUGGCGGAGGUGAAAUAUAUUUUUCCUGUGAACCUGUUAAAUAUACUAAAGCAUUACAAUUGACAGAUUUUGGGAAAAUAAAAAAAAUUAGAGGAACAUUUUUUUCAUUAAGGGUAUCACCAUCAAUUUCUAAUCGGAUGGUAGAAAAAGCUAAAUCUGUCAUGCUUAAAUUUAUUCCUGAUGUAUAUUUUACUGUGGAUCAUCCUAAAGGAAAGUUAUGUGGGAGAUCUCCUGGUUUUGGUGCAAAUAUUGUUGCAUCAACAACUAAUGGAAUUAUAUUAACUGCUGACAGUGUGUCACUGCCAUUUACUGGUCAAAGAACCACAGCAGAAGAAGUAGCAGAAAAUGUAGCAUCAGCUAUGCUUGAAGAGAUUUGGCGUGGAGGUUGUGUAGACUCUUCUUUCCAAUCCAUUGUACUUCUUUACAUGGCUCUGAGACAAAAAGAUGUAUCUCAUGUUGUAUUAGGACCAUUAUCACCUUACACGAUUCAAUUUUUAAGGCAUUUGAAAGAAUUUUUCGGGAUAUCAUUUAAAUUAGAACCAUAUAUUGAUUCUCAAAAUGAAGAUUUAAGUCAAGGCUGUGAUUCAAAAAUAUUAGUAACUGGAGUUGGAAUUGGUUACAAUAAACUUGUAUAAGAUAAUAAUAAAGCACUUUUUUUGUAGAAAAAUUUAUUUCAUUUAAAUUUAAUAUCAAAUUUUAAUAAAAGAGUGUCAACAUUGUUAGAAA